CAUCCCCGGGGCCGCGGCCAUGGGCGGCGGCUCGGUGCUGCUGGCGGCGGCCGUUCGGCCGGGCCGCCCGGACUUGGUGCUGUUCCAGCGGGACACGGUGGAGCUGGGGUUGGAUGCCGGGGGUUCCCGGUGUGGCUCCGGGCCGGGAGGCUGUGGGAACCGCUCCGAGCUGCUGGCUUACCCGCUCCGGGAGGCGCUGGCUCUCAGCUCGGUGGUCGCUCUCCUGAUGGCCCUCACCAUCUUCGGGAAUGUCCUGGUCAUUAUCGCCGUGUUCACCAGCCGCGCCCUCCGGGCUCCUCAGAACCUCUUCCUGGUCUCACUGGCCACCGCCGACAUCCUGGUCGCCACCCUGGUAAUGCCCUUCUCUCUAGCCAAGGAGCUGAUGGGUUAUUGGUAUUUUGGGCGCCUGUGGUGUCAGGUCCACCUGGCCUUUGAUGUGCUGUUCUGUACCGCCUCCAUCGCCCAUCUUUGCGCCAUCAGCUUGGACAGGUAUUGGUCCAUCAGCCAGGCCAUCGAGUAUAACCUGAAGAGGACCCCCCGGAGGAUCAAGGGCAUCAUUGUGAUCGUGUGGGUGAUCGCCGCUACCAUCUCCUGCCCCCCCCUGAUCACCAACACCAGCCAGGAGCUGGACUCCAACAUCUGUGACAUUAAUGACCAGGUCUGGUACAUCAUCUCCUCCUGUAUCGGCUCCUUCUUCGCUCCGUGUAUCAUCAUGAUCCUGGUGUACAUCCGGAUCUACCAAAUCGCCAAGAUCCGGAACCGGGGCCGCCCGGGAGACACCCACAACGGCGUCAGCCAGCCGCCAUUCCGCCCAUCAGCCCCGGAGCCGGGACAGCAGAGCACCGGCGGGGGCGGGGGGACGGUGCUGGCUGAGGGCGAGGACUCCUCAUCCUCGGAGCAGCCGCCCUGCGCCGCUCUAGCCCCUUCCCCGUCCCCGGCUGUACUCCGCCAGCACUCCCACCCACCGCAGCCGCGACACACCACCAGCGCCGCCGCCGGGAGCCCGGCCAAAGCGACGGGCCAGGUCCGCUGUGUAGACGGCCGGCCGGUGAGCAGCGUGGCCCCGCGGAGCCCCGGGCCCAGCCCCGGGCCCUGGCCGGCUAGCAGCAGCAAGAGUGGCCGCUGGAAGGGCCGCCAGAACCGGGAGAAGCGGUUCACCUUUGUGCUGGCGGUGGUGAUCGGAGUGUUCGUCCUUUGCUGGUUCCCGUUUUUUUUCACCUACUCCCUGAUCGCCAUCUGCCCCAAACUCUGCCCGGUCCCGGAGAGACUCUUCAAAUUCUUCUUCUGGAUCGGGUACUGUAACAGUUCCCUGAACCCGCUCAUUUACACCGUCUUCAACCAAGACUUCAGGAAGGCGUUCAAAAGGAUUCUGUGUCGGGGUCAGCGCCGAGCUCAGAAAGUCUGAAGGACAGUGACUGGACCCCCUGGGGGUGAGGGUGGACUCUCCAAAACCCACCCAGGCAUCAGCGAGCCCGAGCCGUGUAUAUUUAUAAACAAAUGUGACUUUAAGCUCAGAAUAAACGGGACACUAUGGGUUUA